AUGGGCAUCUCCUUCGACAACCUGGACCAAGAUGGUGGCUUGAAGAAGCUGAAUGGUUUCUUGACAAGCCGCAGUUACAUUGAGGGAUUCAAAUUUAGCUCAGCGGAUGCUGAUUUAUUUCACAAGUUUUUGUCUGUACCCGAUGCUGCUAAGUACGCCAAUGUCUACCGUUGGUAUGUGCAUGUAGCUGCCAGGUUGGGCCUGCGCGCCAUUCUAGUGACCAAGAAGGUGACAGCUACCACAAAGGCUGCUGUUGCUUCCAGCAAGGUGGUCAAAGAUGAUGGAAACGAUGAUGACGACCUAUUUGGCGACGACGAUGAAGAUGAAGACGACGAGGCUGCCAAGGCAUUAGCUGCCAAGCGCGCUGAGGCCGCUAAGGCUGCCAAAAAGGAAAAAAAGAAGCCCGUGGAACGCUCUCAGGUUGUCAUCGAAGUGAAGCCAUGGGAGGCUGAGACGGAUCUUGAGGAACUGGCCGUUAAGAUCAAGGCCUUGCCAAUUGAAGGUCUGUCGUGGGGUGAGGGUCACAAGUUGGUCCCUGUUGCUUUUGGUAUCAAAAAGCUACUUGUGCAGUGCGUUAUUGUGGAUGAACUUGUGCUGCUCGAUGACAUUACGGAAGCGAUUGAGGCUUUUGAAGAUUACGUGCAAUCGGUAGACAUUGCGUCGAUGAACAAGCUGUAA